GCGAACAUUCUCUCUCUCUCUCUCUAUGUAUGUUUGUCUCUCUCCCUCUCACUCUGACUACUCCUUCCCUCUCACUGUACUUUUGUCCUCUUCCUCUUUCACUUUACUCUACAGAAUCUCCCGUCUCUCUUUUACUGUAUCUUUCUCUCACUGUGUCCCACCCUCUCUCUCUUUCUCCCUCAUCCUCUUUGUGUGCGUUUUUUCACUCUCCCUCACCUUGUCCAUUUCCUUUCGCUCUCUCUCUCUCUAUUUCUCAGUGUAUCUCUCUCUCUCUUUCUCCCUCCUCCUCAGUGUGCAUGUGUUUCUCUUCCUCUCACUCUCAUCUUUAUCUUACUCUAUCUCUCGUAUCGUAACUGUGUCUCUAUCGCUAUCCCCCUCUCUAUUUUUGUCUAUCUCUUUCUCUCUUUCUGCCUUAGAAAAUUAACAACAUUUCUUCAAAACAAGACGACAAUGCCGAUCUCUGAACAUGAACAGAAAUUGCUUUUGCUCCAAAACCAGAUCCGUGAGAACCAGGUGGAGAUGCAGGAUUACCUGAAAGAUCUUGAUAAUUGGCAAACUGAAAUCUCGAAGAAAGAGAAAGCCUUAAAAGACAACAAGGAAUCCGAUAAAACUUCGUCUCGUGUGCUACCACCGAUUAGAAACAGUUCACGACGGAAAAAGAAACGCAAAGGGAAAAGCACUUCUGAAACGACCCCUGCCCCGAAAUCUAACCGUAUACGCAGCUAUGAUUAUGCUGCUUGGGAGAAAUAUGAUGCGGACAAAGUCUGUGAGGAAAUAUCUGAAGAAAAGUCUUCAUCUUCCGAAUCUCUUACUGACGAAGAAUUGGAGGAAUUACAACAUAAACAACAGGCUCUUGACGAGAAAGACAAAGGAAAUGAAUAUUUCAAGAAAGGAGAGUACAUGCUGGCCAUUGAUCACUACAGUCGGGGCCUCCAAUGUGACCCCACAAACCCACUCCUGGCUGCAAACAGGGCCAUGGCACUACUGAAACAAGACAAAUAUGCUGCAGCAGAAGAAGACUGUAACACUUGCUUGACAUUAGAUCCAACCUACAUCAAAGGAUAUUUGCGAAGGGCCACAGCCAAAUGUGGUUUACUAAAGUACAAAGAAGCCCUUGGGGAUUACCACAAAGUCCUCAGGUUAGAUCCAAGUAACAAACUCGCACAAAUGGAAGCAGAUAAAUUACAAAAGAAAAUUGAAAUUGCAGAGAAAUCUGAUUCAGAAAAAUCUGUGAUAAACGACGAGGACAAUCCUGAAGGAGCCGUUUUCAAAGACAUCUUCAAACCUCCAUCAGAAAGAUCAAAGAAACCCCUGCGUAGAAUUGAAAUCGAAGAGAUUGGAGUGGAAGAAAAGCUGAACCAUGACCAACUGACUGCGAAAAUGGAACAGUCACGCAGCAACGCAGAACGAAAGCAGAUUAACAAAGACAAACUCUCGUUUCAACAGUAUACAGGAGAUAGCAAAAAAACUCCUCCCAAAGUAGAGGAAAUUCAACCAAAACCAGCUGAAAAAACCCAACCGAAACCAACUGAAAAAACCCAACCAAAACCAGCUGAAAAAACCCAACCAAAACCAACUGAAAAAACCCAACCAAAACCAACUGAAGAAACCGUAAAGAAAGACUCAAACAAAAUUAGCCAAUACUUAAAGGUGUUGAACCCCGAAUCAUACCCUACCCUUGUCAAUGAGUUUAUGGAUGCAGAAAUGAUCACCAAACUCUGUGCUAACCUUCAAAAUGCAUUCCCCAAUAAUGCUGAAGUGAUCGUCCAACACCUGUCUCACCUGUGUAAAGUGAAAAGGUUCCAGGUGGCCGUAAUGUUUCUCAGUUCUUCAGAAAAACAAGUGAUCAAAGACUUAUUCAAUUACUUAAAGCAACAACCAAAUUGUGAAGUCACAGAACUCCAGAGAAUCAGUAAAAUGUAUGGCGUUGGGUAACAGUAAAUAACAAACCAAAGUUUUGAUUAUAUUUUAAAUAUCAUUAAAGGGAUGAAAUGAUACCGUUUUUGGACAAAUGUUUAACUUUGGCAUUUUAUUUCCUCAACUGUAACCUGUUCAUUUUAUUUGUUCAAUAAAGAAUAUAUUUUCUAUA